UCCCGUUUUUGAGCCGUGGUCACUAAAUGAAGAGGUUCUGGCCUGGGAAGGCCCAUGCAUUCCUUCAAUUGGAUGGGGAGCUGGGACAGUGUCUCUGGCGAUAGCGAGAAUAGGAGGGAAUGUUGACCAGGGAGCACCGCUGCGGCCGUUCAGAGGAGCAGGAACCGGAGCCCGGGUUGAGUCCGAAAAAAGCCGGAUCCAGACGGUGGCUCCGGAACGGCUGCAAUUGGAAGAUGGAGGAGCCGGAGGAACCGGCGGACAGUGGGCAGUCGCUGCCUCCAGUUUACAUCUACAGCCCCGAGUAUGUCAGCAUGUGCGACUCCCUGGCCAAAGUCCCCAAACGGGCCAGUAUGGUACAUUCUUUGAUUGAAGCAUAUGCACUGCAUAAGCAAAUGAGGAUAGUUAAGCCCAAAGUAGCCUCCAUGGAGGAGAUGGCCACCUUCCACACUGAUGCCUAUCUGCAGCAUCUCCAGAAGGUCAGCCAAGAAGGAGAUGACGACCAUCCGGACUCCGUAGAAUAUGGGCUAGGUUAUGACUGCCCUGCCACGGAAGGGAUAUUUGACUACGCAGCAGCUGUAGGAGGGGCCACGAUCACGGCUGCGCAGUGCCUCAUUGACGGAACGUGCAAAGUAGCAAUUAACUGGUCUGGAGGGUGGCAUCAUGCAAAGAAAGAUGAAGCAUCUGGUUUUUGUUAUCUCAAUGAUGCUGUCCUGGGAAUAUUACGAUUGCGACGGAAAUUUGACCGUAUUCUCUAUGUGGAUUUGGAUCUGCACCAUGGAGAUGGUGUAGAAGAUGCCUUCAGUUUCACCUCCAAAGUCAUGACAGUGUCCCUGCACAAAUUCUCCCCGGGAUUUUUCCCAGGAACAGGUGACGUGUCUGAUGUUGGCCUAGGGAAGGGACGGUACUACAGUGUAAAUGUGCCCAUUCAGGACGGCAUACAGGAUGAGAAGUAUUACCACAUCUGUGAAAGUGUACUAAAGGAGGUAUACAUAGCCUUUAAUCCCAAAGCAGUGGUCUUACAGCUGGGAGCUGAUACGAUUGCUGGGGAUCCCAUGUGCUCCUUUAACAUGACUCCAGUGGGAAUUGGCAAAUGUCUUAAGUACAUCCUUCAGUGGCAGUUGGCAACACUCAUUUUGGGAGGAGGAGGCUAUAACCUUGCCAACACGGCUCGAUGCUGGACAUACUUGACCGGGGUCAUCCUAGGGAAAACACUAUCCUCUGAGAUCCCAGAUCAUGAGGUGCAGCUUCAAGCCCUGUGCCUUUAAAAAUCCCUUACCUAAGUAUACCAAGGCCCUUUGAGCUCUUCCUUCACAUCCAUUUAUUUCUUCAUUCAUUUAACAAAUAUUCAUGGGGACCCUAUUACUUGCCAGGCCCUAUUCAAACUUGAAUUCAGAGAUACAAAGACAAGCAAAAGUAAACCCAGUGCCCUCAAAAAUUUCACCAUCUAAUAAAGGCGACAGAACAAUGUGCCAAAAUCCAGGACAGUUGAGGAGAAUAGAAGAAAUGUUUCACCAAGACUUUGAACUGAAUCUUGGAGGUUGAUUGGGAGUUUGCCAGGUGAAGAAGAGCGAAAGACAUUCUAGGCAAAGGGAACAAGGAUUGGAAAAGACCUGGUGCCUCAUGGGAUGAGUGAGAAGUUUGAUAUGUAGUAGAACAGAAUUUAUGAGGGAAAGUGGGAAGAAUUAAGGCUUGAAUGAAAAUUGGAGCCAGAUUAUGAAGAGACUUGAACACUGCACUAAAGAGUUUAUUUAUACUUUUUUUUCUGUGAAACAGAUGAACUUUGGUUUUUAGAAAGCUUACUCAAUAGCAUAUGGAAGAUAGAUUGCAAAAGGGAGAGACUUGAGAAAGGCAAACCUGUAAAGAGGUUCAAGUACACUCCUAUAACAUAGUCUAUACCAUUCAUUUGGUCAUCUGUGUUUUGGUUGUCUGUAUUCCCCCUCAGUGCUUAGCACAGUGUUAGCUGCCAACCUUGUUGGUGUUCAUUCAUUGAAUGAACAACUUAAUAAAUGAGUGUUUGAAUAAUAAGCAUCUCAACAUUCACAUUGGAAAACUUCUCUUUUUAAGAUGGAAGAAUUGGAAGGCUUUUGCUGGAAAGGCUUCCAGUAGCAAAUACCCAUCCUUUGCAAAAAGUACCAGGUAUCCCAGCUGUAGGAAACAGAUGUGUCCAUGGGAAAACACUAGAUUGCCAUUUGAGGGAAGGGAGUUGAGAAGACAAGCCCAGCACAAAUAUUAUAAGUCAUUAGUAGUGAGAUUUCAAUCAUAGUGCUCAUGAGAUAUAAAACCGGUGAUGUCAUAAAGCCAGUGAUCAAGGAGUUAGUCCCAGCUCAGGAACUGGGGAGCCGGGCGUGGAAUAAAGAAGCAAUCCCAUCUGGAAGAAGAGUUGGGCCCAGCUUGGAAAGCUGAGAGGAAGGAAACCUGCCCAUAUGCCUGGCUCAGGUAUCUCUACCAUAGAGAAAGCCCAAAGGUGGCAUGAAGUCCCAUACAAAGACCAUUACAUGGCUAAUUUAGCGAAUCACCCACUCUGUAUAAUAAAGUUUAUGGACUAUCAUAUAUAAGAAUGUUCUGUAAUCCAGUAAUACUAUUUGGAUCCUAUGAUCCAGGAUAGAGUAUGGCAGUUAUGUUAUAUAAUGUAUGCAUAUAUACAUAUAUGUAUAUGUACAGACAUAUUAGGUAUAUGUAUAUGUCUGAAUCAGAUAGGUUUACUAACAAAAUUUAGUGAAUGAAAAAUAUUGACUUAACCAGACCACUUUUGAUGGACUGGUUGGAUAAACUAUGCGUGACUCAUAUGAGGGAAUAUAUGUAGCCAUUGAAAAGAAUCAAGUAGAUUUAUAUACAAGAGUGUUACUGAUGUAAAACAGUCUUGCAGUGCAUCUGUGGAUUGCACUGAAUCUGUAGAUCGAUUUGGGGAGGAAUAACAUCUUAACGAUAUUUGAUCUUUCAAUCCAUGAAUUUGCUAUAUCUCUCCAUUUUCGUAAGUCUUAAUUUCAAAUUUUCGUUUAUACUUUUCAGUGAACACUUCUUGCAUAAAUUCUGUUAUAUUUAUCCCUAAGU